UACAUAUAUCAAAAAUCACUAGAACAGAGUAUUUGCUUGUGCCGUGAUAUCACGAAAGGGAGAUUACGAGUUUUAUGAAAAUUUAAACGAGGCCACAAUGCCACGCCCGUUGAAAAUUACUUACGGUGAUCAGAAACCGCCAUAUUCGUACAUAUCAUUAACUGCCAUGGCCAUAAUGCACUCACCACAAAAAUUGUUGCCGCUCAGUGAUAUAUAUAGAUUUAUUAUGGAACAGUUUCCUUAUUAUCAAAAAAAUACACAAAAAUGGCAAAAUUCAUUGCGUCACAACUUAAGCUUCAAUGAUUGUUUUAUAAAAAUACCACGCAAUGAAAAGAAGGGCAAAGGAUCAUAUUGGACACUGCAUCCUAUGGCAUUCAAUAUGUUUGAAAGUGGGAGCCUUUUAAGAAGACGAAAACGAUUUCAGGUUAAGAAUAUUAAAAAGGAAAUGUCUGAUUGGAAGUUAUCUGCACCGCCGUCUAAUGAAUCUGGUUCCGCUCCCUAUUUAGGUGACAAACGGUUGCAAACCGACUUUACUGAACAGUUUAUGUAUAGCCAUUUCAAAGUUGCUGAUCUUUGGAAUUAUAAUAUCUGCACACCGCUGCCUCCGUUAGGUGUAUCUAAAGUACCUACUUUUCGUCCUAAACGUGCAUUCACAAUUGAAAAUCUUAUAUCCCCAGAUUUUACUUGUACGCUACGUAAAAAAGGUGCUCGCAUUGGUUAUAAAGAGAAUGAAUAUGUGGAAGAACCAUUAAAACAGACACAGCUAAUAAAUCCAUAUUCUCAUAAUUUAACUGAGUUAACAGCACAGUCUAAUUUCUACAAUAAAAACAAUUUACUUACUAGCCAUUUUGGAAGAAUAGCUUACUACCCACAGACACUUUCGCAUUUUUUAGAGUGUUAUUAUAGACCAUUACCAUUAUUUUGAUUUAAAAAAGAACAACCGUGUAUCCUGUAUUUGUAGUAUACAAAUGUAUAUCAUAGUAUGUUAAAUUGAAAUUAAAAUUGUAUAUGUAAUAGAAAAAUUGGGGUUUU